AACUCUUUUCUUUUUCAACCUCAAUUUAAAAAGAAGUUUCGUUAUAUCAAACGAAUAAAUUCAGUUGGAAUAGUUUUAAAAGCUUUGGAACAAAUAAUGUGUUUUUCUUGGUAUCUGUCCUGACCUAUUAAGAGGCCUAGAUGUCACAGUUUUGAUUCACAAUAUGAUUUUCUUCAUCAGAUUUUUCGAAAUCUCUACAAUUUCAGAACAUGUGGUGUACCCUAAAUAGCACGCUUGUCACACGUCGCCGUCAGCGCCGUCAGCAUAAGUAAGUAGGUAUGUGUCUCCAGCUGCGCAUACACAUUGGUGUUUUGCGUCUCUUGCGCUGUCUAAGAUAAAUUCAGAUAAGAUGUCCGAAACCUGGUGCACGACACUAGCUGGUAGACAAAUUUGGUCGCAUCGUAAGCCGACUAGCAUAGAGAAGCAGUGAAGACCGUGAAAGCAUACUUUCGGCUUUUACGAACAUGGAGAAAAAGCUUUCUGUGGACUACGCGGGUACCAAUUCUUCAGAAGAUAAAUGCAAACAGUGGAUCGAGAAUAGCGAAUUUACCACGUCCGAUGACGUAUCAUCAAUCAGUGGACAGAGUACAGAAUUCAGUUCCAGUGCCAUCGAAAGCGACUUAGCAUCGAUUGACGAUGGAUUAAGUAAUAUCGAUAUCAACAAAGGUCAACACAGUCAAUGGAAAACUGCUGACACAAAUGUUAAGAUAAUCGCUCCGGUUACCGACAUCAGUCAAACAGAAAUUUUGCAUAAUGUGUUUAAAGGAAACACUGCUCAAUCUUUUGAGAAUAUUCAGGUCGAACAUUCCAACAAAGUACAUAUAGGUAAUGUGACCUACGUGACCGGACCGAUUCACAUAAUCCACACAAGCGGCAGUAAUGUUGGAUCGGUUCAACAGUUCAUUACCUCAGCUCAACCGAUACCCACAACAUCACAAAGUUCCUCUGAACAUACUCAUCGCUCGGAAAAACCUCGAACCAGUACCAAACGAGAUCCGACGGAGGAAGAACGAAAUCAUGACGAAGCCUUCUUACCUGAUAUGUCCAAACGUAUCUACAGUAGGGUACUAAAGAUAGUCGACCGACGAACGUGGCUUGCGCAACCUGCCUUAGAUUUCGAAGAACUCAAUACUCCUGUUCCUUAUGUUGUGAUAUCUCAUACCGCUACGGAAUCGGCGGAUACCCAAGCUGGUAUGAUCUACAUGGUGCGUAAUAUUCAGUGUUUUCACAUAGAGUCGCGUCGCUGGAACGACAUUGCGUACAACUUUCUGGUUGGCAACGAUGGCAACGUGUACGAGGGUCGUGGCUGGAAGAGAAUCGGAGCGCACACGGCCGGCUAUAAUUCACAAGCCAUCGGUAUUAGCUUUGUGGGUUGUUUCAUGAAAGAACUUCCGGAACAAAUCGCUUUGGACGCUUGCAGGCUACUAAUUGAGAGAGGUGUUCAAAACGGGUUUAUCUUGCCGGAUUACAAAUUAGUCGCUCACUGUCAAUGCAGUCCCACGGAAAGUCCCGGUAGAAGGUUGUUCGAAGAAAUAAAAACUUGGCCUCAUUGGACUGCAGAUCCUCAAACGAAAGAUUGAUAUUCUAGGAUUUUGAUUUAAAAUGGUAUAAAAAAUAAACAUGUAUAAAAUCAGAAGGUGUGUGAAAAAUCAUAUUAACAGCACUAAGAAAAAAAAGUUCGAUGUCCAUGCUCUAACAAUUGAAUGCCUUAAAUAAAUUUCU